AUGGCGCCCAGACUACCAGUCCAACAGCUCGUGGUGAGCCCGGACAAGAACUUUCUGGUGCUCGCGAUCAACUCCCAUCUCCAGCUGUUCGACCGGGCCGCCGGCACCCGCCUCUGUUCGACCGAGGACGCCGGGCUCAAUCCACCGGGCUCGAACCAUUCCGGACUCAUCAGACUGUUACUCAUCCAUCAGGAGCUUGACGCCCCCGAGAAAGCCCCACUACUCAUCUCGACCGGCGAGGAUAAGCUCCUCAAAACUUGGCAGUUGCCCGACUUGAAGCUGCUCCACUCCAGACAAUUGAUCAAACGCGCUACUUCGAUCGCCGUCUCUCCGAACGGUAAAAACAUCGUGAUUGCGGAUAAAUUUGGUGACGUUUACGAGUACGUCUAA